GCGAGGAUGAUUUGUAGGGCUAGCCGUUAUGCUAACUGCGGGUAUACAGUGUAAGAGUGUAUGAGAGUUGAGUUUUAAUAUAAACGACGUGUAAGUAAUGCAUUUCGUGUGAGCUAUUUGAAAGUCUUCAAAGUUCCAGAACCAUGGAGACAGACUUCGCGUUGCUAGCUAGCUGACUAGCCGAGAGGCUGAGAUGGGAAAGUGUACUGAAGAGGAAUGCAGCUGGGAUUAGAAUGGGAACAAGCGCGUCUUUAUCACUGUGUCGAGGUCCAUCGUCGGUGAAGGUGCUGAAUCGGAGCAUUCGUGUGGAACCCGAGCAGCAGACUCAAAACCAGGAAAUUCAGGCUGUGUUUGGAGUGUCUCUGCAGACACUACGAGACACUGGACAGCUACAGCAAGGAGUCCCUCCGGAGCUCAGGAACAUGGUGGAGUUUUUGGAGAAAUACGGUCUGCAGCAGAGUGGUGUGUUCAGGGUGUGUGGCUCUGUGCCACGCUGCAGGACGUUGCGUGUGUGUCUGGACCGUGGUGAGUGUGUGGAUCUGGAGAGGGUAGACGUGCCAACAGUUGCCACUCUGCUCAAGCUGUAUCUCCGAGAACUGCCGAGUGGACUGAUACCACACACACACAGCACAUGCAUGCAGCGAGCACUUUUGGACUUUAAAGAUGGAACAGAGCUUAUUGAGGCACUGAAGGGAGCCCUGCAUCGUCUCCCUGAAGACAAUUACAACAUCCUGUCUUACCUUCUUCACUUCCUGUCUCGAGUCGCUGCCCACAGUCAGUGGAAUUACAUGACCUCAGAGAACUUGGCCACGGUGUUUGGACCAUGUAUUUUCCGCGUCCCUGAGGGCCCGAGGAUGCUGGAGGAGCAGACCAUGUGCAACACCCUCACACUGCAUCUGUUGGAGAAACACACACAGCUGAUCUCAAAUACACAACCCAGCUCCACAGCUGACACACGUUCAUGUGACAGCAUAAACACACACACCUCACACGCCAGGAAUUCCAUGUCGUCUCUAUCUCAUCAUCCCAGUGAUACAUCACAGCUACAGCAGGAGCAGUCUUGUAUCACACAGAAGGUGUGUCAUGUCAGUGUGGGUGUGGCUAAAGAAACAAGUGCCCUCCCACUAACUACAGCAGAUACAUCCCCACUCUCCAAAAGGUUCACCUUGAAACUUAACACGAUGGACAGGGACAAAAGUAAAGGACAUGAGGCAGAGACUGAGGCAGUGAAAAAAGGCAGAGCGGAAAGUACAGAGAUUCGUCCUGAACAGGAAACAUACCUAACUAAGAAAGACCAGACCUGCCUAACACAUGAACAAAUGCAGAGCCUUGCGCCGGAGCGUUCUACUUCAGGCAGCGACUCGCACUCACAAACCCGCUACGAGAAGCAAAACAAAUCCGGACACCCACUCCCCAAGACCGGAGUUGUGAUGGGUAUCCAGAAGGACAUGCAAUAUAACACGAGCCGCACAUGCUCUCUAAGUGGUGACAUACAAACUGAGAGCCGGAGCUCACACUCUAAGCUUGUGAGCACGCAUACACACAGCGGCAACACACACACUGAGGCCAGGAUCUCACACAGCAAGCGUGUACCCUCCAAUUAUAGCAGCACACACACUCAGAGUCCUGGCACACAAACCACCAGGUUGGUGGAGGAGGAUGUUAAGUCUGCAUCUAGCUUCUGCAUCAGGGCCUCGAGCCAGACUCAGGCUCCGAGCAGUGGACACGACUCAGCCUCAUGUGGAACCUCCAGCCGAUCACGUACCACAGAGAAUGGUGUGGAUUGUUUCCAUGAGAACGUUUCCUCUCAGUUGCGUCAUCACAUUCAAAAGCUCAAGCAAGAAAUCAGAAGCUUUGAGGAAUCCUUCCAUCAUAUCCACAAGUACAAGCCUGCUCUGAAUGAUAAAUUGGCUCAUUCCGAAGUGGCCCAGCUCAUGACGGACCUCAGCAAAGCACACAGGCAGCUGAAAGAGCUGAGAUCUAGACAGUGUGCGCACACUUUAGCAAAGUCUGAAGAUCAGAAGCUCAGCGUGUUUCCACACACACCAGCGGUGGAGCACACGGUAAAGACGCUAACUCAGCGACUCCAAGAAAAACGACUGGAACUGAGCCUGCCAGAAUGCAUACAGAAUAUGUCUCACGCUCAGUUAGCUCUGGAGAAGAAAAUGCUGCAGAAGUGUCUUCUUUACUACGAGAGUCUUCAUGGCAGGCCGAAUUCUAAAGAGGAGAGGAGUGUUAUGAAAGAUCUAUAUUACCGCUACCAUUUGGUUAAGCAGGCCUUCUACAGUGCGAACACACAGACCAGUACCACUGGAGGUUUAGAAGUGUGUGUCAGGAUAAAUCCUGUGCCAAAAAAAGAGGAUUCUCAUCCUGUCCUCACCCAGAUGCUCACAAAAGUGACAGGUUCCCCCAGUGAUACACACUUGGUUAACAGGGCGGAGCUGUUGAGGCAGUUGAAACGGACACGUAUGGAGAAAAGGCAACUGAGAACACUGCUCAAAGAGCAUGAGAGGAAAUUUCUUAUUAGAAAUGGCAGGAGAACACAGAGAGAUGACCGUCUUGUCAUGGCGGAGGAAUACAACCGCUACACGGCUCUAAAGGACAGACUGAGGCUACUGAAAGAAAUGCUGGGAAUAAAACCUCACAACAUCAAAGCAGCCAGAGACAGAAUCACCAUCUGACACGCGCGCACACACACACAGACACACACACACACACCUCUGUGUGUCAGAUCUCACGAAAGUUCCCAUCGAACCACGUGAGUUAAAGUGAAAGUGUACACUUACAGGUGUAGGGGCUGUGUAAUUAUGUGCCAUGUGUAGGAUCACUGGUGAUGAAAAUGAUGAAAUAAUCGUGUCAUACUUAAAAAAAAAAAAAAAAAAAAAAGGCAGGCGUUUGUAUCAAAAGAUAGCACUUUAGUUGCAGGUUUGUUUAAACCAAGAUGCACAAAUCAAGCGUGUAAGCUCUGAUUUCACAGUGAAAACAGGUAGAGAGAGAAUUAAACGAGAACACAGCGCUCUCCCUAGCCUACGGGAAUUUGAUUAAAGGUGUGUUCGAGUUCAAGCUACAGUGUUAUUUA